UGUCAUACAAGAGGUCAUUAAACUUUUAAAAGUUUAUUCAAAAUAUCAACAUAUUCGAAACUUCGUUACUUCGUAACUAAAUAGAAAAAACAAUAAACUAAAAGUUUCAAUGACUCUAAAGAUUCAUUAAAAAGGGCCUAAGUAAUUAAUCUUUGACCUAUGAAAUGUAUUGUUAUAUAAGAUAAAAUUAAACAGUGAGAUUCUGCAAGACAAGGCAUUCUCGGCAUAAGAGACGGUAGAGCAAACGGUUGGAGAAUUCCAUAUAAAAACUGAAGAGUGAGAUGCCUAGUGAAAACAGUGAAAUGACUCUGUGCCUGACGAUAUUCGCUAACAGUGAUGGAAAUCUGUGCACAACUCUCGUUGGAUCCAUCACGGUUCUCUUUGCAUUUAUAAACAUAGCAUCAAAUGCUCUGUUAAUUUUUGCAAUGUACAAAUCAAAGCAGAUCAGGACACAUUCAAACAAAUUUCUUCUUAUAAUGACAAUAUCCGAUCUGUGCACCGGAAUCUUUGUAAUGCCAGGAUUAGGAAUAUUUUGGAUCGCUGGAAAGCAACGAAGUUGUCUUGAAGUCCAGAUUAUGGAAUUUCUGAUGAUGUUUUUUGCAUAUAUGUCGAUUUUGAUGAUCGUUUGCAUCUCGGUCGAUCGAUACUUCCACGUGACAAAGCAAGUCAGAUACCAAGCCUGGAUGAACCGUUUCCGAUUUUCCCUCAUAGUAGCAGCAUUUUUAGGAGUCGGAUUUGUAAUGGCGAUGCUCUCCAUAAGUUUAUCUUCAUUCUAUCUAGUGGUUGCGAUGGUUAUUUUCAAGUUACUUCAAGUUUUAUGCCUUAUCAUUUUCAACACAAGAACUCUUAGAAUCCUAGAACGUCACCAAAGAACAACUGUAUUACGACUGCAAAAUGGGAGCCAAAUUGCUAAUGGCAUGCAAAUUGUCCCAAAUGAGAAACUCCGUGCUAUUAGAACGAUUCGCUUGGUAUUAGCAGCAGUUUUGGCCUGUUAUCUUCCAGUCAACAUCGCAACUAUUGCUUGGACUUAUUUUAAGUUCAACCUACAUAUCAAGCCAGGUUUCACAUUAACGGUGCUAUAUGAGUGGACAAAGCCAAUCAUGUUUAGCGUGACAUUUCUCAAUUCUUUGAUAAUAUUUCAAGGAAAUAAGAAGAUUCGUCGAACAUUGUCGUCCAUUUUCAGAAAGGACAGAGUUGAUCAUGAAUGAAAAACUACAUUAUCUAUUCUUUUUUUAGGCUAC